ACGAGGGCAAAUAUUUCUCCUCUCCCACGUAAAACGACGACGAGGGUGUGGACACUGGGGACGUAGACAGUCUGCUUCAAUCUCAAUUAGUCUAUCCUGUUUGAAUCCAUCGGGAUUGUGCCACUGGAACUCCACAGGGUAGCUGUAGCUGGACAUCUCCUGUUGUGUCCCUGACUGUAGAAGUUCUCUCCUUGCUGAGGGACGAAUGCACUCCAGGCCACCCCUGAAUUCCUUUGGCUGCCUCCCUUGUGUAUCCCAGUCCCAUCAACGCCUCUCAGAGUGUGAGUGUAAGUUAACAGAAGAAGCAGAGUGAGCCAUCAUGGAUGAUAUUUUUACCCAGUGCCGGGAAGGCAACGCAGUAGCUGUUCGCCUAUGGUUGGACAACACAGAGAAUGACCUCAAUCAGGGGGAUGACCAUGGCUUCAGUCCUCUCCACUGGGCCUGCAGGGAAGGCCGCUCCAGCGUGGUGGACAUGCUCAUCAUGAGAGGGGCUCGCAUCAACGUCAUGAACCGAGGAGAUGACACGCCCCUGCACCUGGCCUCCAGCCACGGCCACAGAGACAUCGUGGGCAAGCUGAUCCAGUGCAAAGCAGACACCAACACUGCCAAUGAGCACGGCAACACACCACUGCAUUACGCCUGCUUCUGGGGACAGGACCUAGUGGCUGAGGACCUGGUGACUAACGGCGCUCUGGUGAACAUCUGUAAUAAGUAUGGAGAAACUCCUCUGGACAAAGCCAAACCUCACUUGCGUGAAGCCCUCCAAGAGAAAGCAGAGAAGUUGGGCCAGAGUUUGACCAAGGUCCCCUUCAAGGACACAUUCUGGAAAGGCACCACCAGAACUCGACCCCGUAACGGCACUUUGAACAAAGCAGCGGGCAUUGACUUCAAACAGCUCUCCCUCCUGGCUAAGAUCAAUGAGAACCAGUCUGGAGAGUUGUGGCAAGGCCGCUGGCAAGGGAAUGAGGUUGUGGUGAAAGUGUUGAAGGUUCGCGACUGGUCCACCAGAAAGAGCAGAGACUUCAAUGAGGAGUAUCCCAAACUCAGGAUAUUCUCCCACCCCAAUGUGCUGCCCAUGUUGGGAGCGUGUCAGUCUCCUCCCGCCCCUCACCCCAUCAUCAUCACACACUGGAUGCCCUAUGGCUCCCUCUACAACGUGCUUCACGAGGGCACCAACUUUGUGGUUGACCAGACACAGGCGGUGAAGUUUGCUUUGGACAUUGCCUGUGGGAUGGCCUUCCUGCACACGCUGGAGCCCAUGAUCUCUCGGCACUCUCUCAACAGCAAGAGCGUCAUGAUCGAUGAGGACAUGACUGCCAGGAUCAGCAUGUCAGAUGUCAAGUUCUCCUUCCAGUGUCCAGGCAGGAUGUACUCCCCAGCAUGGGUAGCCCCUGAAGCCCUGCAGAAGAAGCCUGAGGAGAUCAACCGGCGGUCAGCAGACAUGUGGAGUUUCGCUGUGCUGCUGUGGGAGCUGGUGACCAGGGAGGUGCCCUUCGCUGACCUCUCCAACAUGGAGAUCGGCAUGAAGGUGGCCCUGGAAGGCCUACGACCCACAAUCCCUCCGGGCAUCUCACCCCACAUCUGCAAGCUCAUGAAGAUCUGCAUGAACGAAGAUCCAGCCAAGAGGCCUAAAUUUGACAUGAUCGUGCCCAUCCUAGAGAAAAUGCAGGACAAGUGAAAACUGCUUUUUUGCUCUGCCUUGAAUGACCCUCCUAAACCCCAGAUAUCUUGCCCCAGAUAUCACCCAGAGAUGUGGUGCUUACCAGUAUUGCCUUAGACUUACUCUCACUACUUACCGCUGCCCUCAAUGCCACUGUAACUUAAGCCUCUGAAAACAAAAACAAAAACAGUCACUUGUUCUAUUCUUGAUUAUGAUUUUUUGCUACCAUCUCUUGACUUAUCAAGACAAGUUUUUAUCAGUACUUUCAUCUACGUCACUGUCUCAAUGCUGGAGCUAAGCAUUGACUGUUCCGACUGUUGUUCUAAUCAUGUGGACUGAGUACAAUCUUCUAUCUGUGACUGAAUAACCUGUGGAGGUCAGGAUGACAAUCUGUCUGUGUUGCACUGCUUCCUUUCUUUACCUUUGGAGGUCUCACUAACUAGGGGCCAGACACUGUAAAGUGACCUGCAACCUAUUAUUACUGAUAAUGAAGCUCUUACGAAAACAAUACGUUGCUUUAUUAUCCUGAAGCUUGUCUUGUGGAACUGAGUGUGUACUGAAUGGCUUGUUUCUUCCUCUGUUGUUUCAAGGGCAAGUAUGCAAACAGGGUUAUAGGGCUGCGCCUGCUGUUAAGACUAUUUAUCCAACUAAGCAUUUCAAUGUCCAGUAUUCUUCAGGAAGUGCAGGGGACUGAAUGGAAACACUUUUUACACACGCGCUACUUUGUGUUACAUCGUUCAUCUUACAUUUACAUUUUAGUAAUUUAGCAGACGCUCUUAUCCAGAGCGACUUAGUGAGUGCAUACAUUUUUCAA